AUGGAUGAAGUUGAUGGAAUGAGUGGAAAUGCUGACAGAGCUGGGAUGUCAGAAUUAAUUCAAAUGAUUAAAAGAACUAAAGUACCGAUUAUUUGUAUUUGUAAUGACAGACAAUCUAUGAAAGUUCGUUCGUUGGCUAAUUAUUGUUUUGAUUUGAGAUUUCAAAGGCCUAGAGUUGAACAAAUUAAGGGUUGUCUUUUAAGUAUUGCGGCUAAAGAAAAUGUAAAACUAUCAAAAGAUGUUUAUGACAAAAUUAUUGAAGCAUCUUCUCAAGAUAUUCGUUUGUGUAUAAAUACAUUACAAAUGGUUACAAGUGGACAAAUGUCGAUGGAUUUUCAGAAGAAGGAUAUUUUGAUGAAUAUCUUUGAAGCUGCUCGCCAGAUUUUAAGUGCGGAUACUUCAUUAAUGUCAAAAUCUGAUCUUUUCUUUAAUGAUUAUUCAAUUCUGCCUCUUUUUGUACAAGAAAACUAUCCAAAUGUUAGAAAUUCAAAAAUGAAGUUUUUAUCAAUUUUUUACUCGAAUUUUUUCCCAACUUUUUUUAGUAAUCUCGACCAUCUUCAAGCUAUUCGACGUGCUUCUGACACAAUUGCUUUUGGCGAUAUUCUUGCAAAACAGAUAAGAACAGGUGGAGAUUGGUCACUUUUGAGGGAACAAGCAAUGUUCUCUUGUGCUUUACCAGCAUUAUUUAUGGACGGGUAUAUGACUGCACAAAUUUCUUUUCCGGCAUGGCUUGGUAAAAAUUCUAAUUUACAAAAACGUCAACGUUUAUUACGGCAAUUAGCUUUACAUAUGCAUUUGAGAAUCGCUGGAAAUAUUCAAUCAAUGGUUCUUGAUUAUUUACCUGUCCUUCGUGAACGGCUUUAUCGUCCUUUAAUUGAAAAAGAUUCUGCUGGAGUCCCUGAUGUUAUUGCCCAUUACAAUUAUUAUUAUUUGGUGAAAGAUGAUUCUGAAGCUAUUAAUGAAUUGGGGGCUUGGCCAAAUAAACAAAACAAAGAUUUGGCUUCUUUGGUUAGCACUAAAGCAAAAUCGGCAUUAACAAGACAAUUAAAUAAAGAAAAACGAUUUUUACCUUUUGCACAACCUAUUGAUAUUAAAACUGGGCGAAGAAAGGGGGCGGAAACGAAAGGGAAAGUUGUUUCUGUGGAUGAGACUGAGGAAAAAGAAGAUUUGGAAGAAGAAGAGAAUGAUUUAGAAGAAGAGGCAAUGGAAGUAAAUAUGUUACAAAUGGAAUAUUAA